AUGUCUCCCCAUGGCUCUGCCUCCCUGCCCAACACCUCCGCCUACCUUGAGCCCCCGGAGGGCGCCCCGCCCCUGUCCCGAGCGGGGUUCGUCGCCCUGGCCGUCAUCAUGGCGAUCUUCACCGGUCCAGCCAUCGUUCUGAACGCCACGGUGAUCGUGGUGACGCUGAUGCACAGGCAGCUGAGGCAGCCGCUGAACUACGCGCUGGUGAACAUGGCGGUGGCCGACCUGGGCAUGGCUCUGACGGGAGGGGUGCUCUCCGUGGUCAACAACGCGGUGGGAUACUUCUCCAUGGGCAGGGUGGGCUGUGUGAUGGAGGGGUUUUCCGUUUCGCUGUUUGGUAUCACCUCUCUCUGCACGGUAGCACUGAUCGCCAUGGAGAGGAUGUUCGUGGUGUGCAAGCCCCUGGGCCAGAUCAGCUUCCAGUCCAAGCAUGCUGCCGGGGGCGUGGCCUUGUGCUGGCUGUGGUCGCUCGGGUGGAACACCCCGCCCCUGUUCGGCUGGGGUCGCUACGAGCUGGAGGGGGUGGGGACUUCCUGUGCGCCCGACUGGCACAGCCGGGAUCCCAGAAACGUCUCCUACAUCCUUUGUUACUUCGCCCUCUGCUUCGCCAUCCCUUUUGCCCUCAUCCUAGGCUCCUAUGCCAAGCUGCUGUGGACCCUGCGUCAGGUCUCCAAGAUGGGUUGCAUGGAGGGCGGAGCAGUAGCCCGAGCCGAGGCCAGGGUGGCCCGCAUGGUGGUCCUCAUGGUGCUCACCUUCCUGGGCAGCUGGCUGCCCUACGCCAGCCUCGCCCUCCUGGUCGUUCACAACCCUGACGUGACCAUCAGUCCCCUGGUCGGCACGGUGCCCGUCUACCUGGCCAAGAGCAGCACCGUCUACAACCCUCUCAUCUACAUCUUCCUCAACAAGCAGUUCAGGAGCUAUGCGGUGCCCUUCCUGCUGUGUGGGCAGAACCCGUGGGCCUCAGAAGAAGACGAGGAAGAGAACCAGACUACCAUCAUGGUGGGGCCGGACAACAACAGAGUCUCACCCAAGUGA